AUGUCGACAUCAUACGCAAGCAACCGAUCUACACCAGUCCCUUCGUUUUAUCGUCCAUCAUAUGCAGCUGUUCAAAGCCCUAUGCAACGAGCUCCCAUUGUAACCGAUGAUUACGAACGAUGGUAUACAGAGCAAGUACCCAAUAACCGAAUGGCUCUCUCCCUUCAGUCCGGCAUUGAAGGGGAAAUAGGCUGGGCGCUGGAUCGGCUUUGCCGUCUGUGUCAUAAUGAACAAUUUCAGUUGAAAGUGAUCCCUGGAAUAAUCGACGGACUGUUCAUAUGGCCAGAAUGGUACGUUUCAGAGGGUCACAAUCUUUUCAACAGCAACAACACUCUCUUCGCCGUUUCGCGCGACACGGAGGCAAAGCGCAGGCAUGCCAUCGAAUCCUUGUUCGUCCUCCGAAAUUGCGCUUUGCACGAGCAGGAUUGUCAAGAACUCGUUCAUCAUUCCCAUUCUCUACCGUUCAUAUAUGGCGCGUUGAACAACCUGGAUCCUCAGGCUGACGAUAAUACCGAGUUCCUCCUUCACGCUACCGAUUUUCUUCAUUCAAUUUCAGCUCAUUACACCGCCCCAGCAUCGGUCGUUUCUAUAACCAAGAUGGUUCUGUCUCCGCUCGGAGUAAUAGCAUCGACCUCAUCCAAUCGACCGUCCAUUAUUAUAGCUUUGACAGCGUUGAGCCAGCUUAUAGAGAACCCGCACACCGCUACUCUUCUAUCUCCUGACUCGCCCGCCUUGGUGGCUUCGCUUAGAUUCUUGCCACUUUUCAUGGACAAGCCACUGGUGGAGACCUGCCUGAACUAUCUGUACGCUCAUCUAUCACACUAUGCGAUGGCGAAGGCAUUUUUGCUCCACCCAGAUAUGCCCAGCAUCCUUCGCAUCCUCAUCAACCUUCUCAUCCAGGAACAGGUUGAGGAAACUGUUACUAUGGAUAUCACAGGGGCAGUUCGAACCGUUCCUUCUCAAGCCUUCGUGACAACCCAGGAUCACGAUCUUUCUCAGGAUGAACUUGAGCAAUUACUCCCUCUCCCGGAGCCCGAGAGAUGUUAUGAAUGGAUGAAGACGAUGUUCAUCGGGAAACCGGAUGGUGAACUGACACAAGUCGAUUUUUGGAAUCUGUACAAAGAUGUUUUUGCCCCUCAUCAAGACAAGUAUCCACUUCUUGUGGCCUCCGAUGUCAUCAAGAACGUGAAUCUUGUAUUUCCAGAAGCGCAAGCUAUGGUCCUACAGGAUCCAGUCCAAAGAUUCGUUGUACGAGGCGUCGACAGGCGUAAAGACACCUUACUUGCGGAAAAACUAAAAUGCCAAUGGAAUCGAGGACAAUGCGCAACGCCGCCUCUUGGCUCUUUAAACGACCUUUACGAACACCUUCUUGAUCAUUUAAAGAGUACAGAGAGUUCCAAGUGUCCGUGUUUGUGGUCUUCGUGUCACAAUCCUCCGGUCCCGAAAGCCUCUCUUCGUUCGCAUGUCCUAACUCAUCUUUCGCAAAAAUAUACUUCGGAGCGACAUCCAUCCCAAAGUGAUACUAUAACCCUGUCUGUAGGGACUACGUCUUCCACUUACCCAACGGGCAACCCAAUCAUGCGAGCACCCCCUCCACCUCGUAGUACGACGAUCAGCUAUCGGAGACCACUUGUGGACCCUCCUUCCAGUUCUCUUACGGCAUUAUUGUGCAUUCGCAUCCUCUUCAGAACGUCAUUUGCGUCGGCCGAGGAAGCCCCUCGUAUAGAUGAGGAGCACUUUGGUUUCCCGGGAAUCGUUGAAGAAGUCGUCGAAGAUAUUGAAGACGUGGUUAUCGCCAACAGAGCUUCAAAAGACCGCGAGAAAGAAGGGGAACGGCGGGGCAGGAGGGCUUUCAUCAAUGUUCGACAGCUCAUGGAGUGUGUGCGGAUAAGGGAUGAGAACCUUAUGGGAUGGAUCAUAGAAAUGGCAACCGUAGAUACAGAACCUGGUGUACAAUAA